AAAAGCUGGUCACAAAGGUGAGGGAAAAGGGGAUGGCAAAGGGUAUGGAAAAGGUACUACGGGUGGCUUGUUGCAAAAAGGAAUGACUUCACGACCACAUUCUGGUGCGCGCGAUGGCGGGAGCGUUCUUACAGAAGAUCGCUUUCCAUCGAGUGCAGUAGAGGUGAACAAGCAAGAACCUCUUCAUCACGAGCAGGUAGUUUACUAUACACCGGAAGAAGAAGAACCAACGGGACGAGAAGGCUUUGACCACAACAAGGAGGACACCAGCACAACGAUAACAAGGAGGACAGGUACUUCUACUCCUAUGAAAGAGAAAGAAGUAGAAGAAGCACCUUCCGCUCCUGCCGAACAGCCUGAAGCUGAGGCGGAGGAACAGCUAAAGCAAGUGCAGGAUACACCUCUGGGUGUGGAAGAAAGUGUUAAACGAGGCCUGCAAAAAGCAUCUUCCUCUGGAGCUGGC